UCUCUCUGUGUGUGUGUGAUUGUAGAAUCUUUCGUUGCGCUUUAGGUUCUUCUUGUUUUUUCAUAGAUUUUAGGAUCGAAAUCUGAGAAUCAGAAACUGGAGAGGAUGGUGGCAGCAGUGACGGAUGACUGGAUUAGCUCGGCGACGAGAGACGGCGGAGUGGUAGCGGAGAUGCUGUUGAGACUUAAGGAGGCAAAGGUGACGCCGGCGGUAUUCACGAAUCCGGCGGUGGCGGCGCUCCGGUGGGGAUUUCGGCAGCCGCGGUCUCGUUCUCAGAGAUGCGACGGUGUUUCGCAGAGGAAGGAAACCGAUUCGGCCAAAAACUCUAGAUGUAGUCCCAGCACUCCACUAUCGUGGAGCGGCGGUUCCGGCGGCGGCGGCGGCUCGUCUUCUCCCUCCACUUGCGCUGACGGUUACGAGGCCACGAGUUGCCAAACCAGCGGCUCCUUGGCCGUCGGAUCUAGAUCCAAGGUUCUAAUCACUGAAGCCUCAGCAGGCUCCGGCUCCAAAAGGUCGAGGAGGAAGAAGACGUUUGCUGAACUUAAGGAGGAAGAAGGCAACUUGUUGAAGGAAAGAAUAUGCUUGGAGAAGGAGAUUGCGUCGCUCCGUGCAACGUUCGACGAGCAUGGUGCUGAGAAGCACAGCCUGAAGAGGAUGAAAUUGGAUCUGAAGAACGUCCAUCAAACAGAACCCUCUUCUCGGCAUCAUCUGGAACACUGUUCUGGCGGAGGUGACGGUUCCACAACGAUCGAUCACCAUUGCAAGAACGAGGAGGAAGUGAAGUGGACGACCACUGACGGCAGUUUCUUGCUUCCGGAUCUGAAUAUGACGCCGCCGCCUGAGGAAAACGGCAACGGUUAUCCUUCUUUGGGUGUAUGGGACAAGUAUAAGCUGAACGGGAAACUGGCCAUUAAUCUCUGACCGGUGACUGAACCUUGUUGAAUCUCUUUACAGGGCCAGAGUUCGGAUCGGGUAGAGAUAAAGAACCUCCUAAAAAGAGACCAUAGAUCUUUCUUGUAGAGAUUUGUGCAACUUCUGCAGAUUCCGAUUGAUUGUCGGGGUGGGGAUGGGGAUGGGGAUAAAAUGAGAGAAGAGAUGGUUGGAUUCUUUUGUAUCGGGAACAAAAGGGUUCUGAAUAUGAGAUCAGUCCUGUCGGAGUUCUUGUACUCUCCCUUUUUAAUAGCAAAUGCUAUAAGGCUUUUGUUUGUACCUUCAUUUUCCAUUUGAUGAGAAAGUACAAAAUGGCUUGAGACU